AUGCCUCACUAUAAUUGUUGCGUUCCUGGCUGUACAAACAGCUUUAGAAACGCUUCACAUCUGCAUUUCUACAGAUUACCGAAAGAUGAGUUUACCAGAAAGCAAUACAAAGUCAUUUUGAAGAAUGAUUCGCUAAAAUUGGACUCCACAAAUACUCGAAUUUGCUCAGACCAUUUCGAAGGUGGCGAAAAACUCAGUCGAGCUCAUCUGCCGACUAUAUUUCCUUGGAAAAAGGCAGAAAGCACUAGACGACAGCUAAAAAGAGUCAUCAGCUUCGAAGAAAAAAUCUGGCAAUUCAGGAAGCAAAAAAGAAGAAGAGGGAGGAAAAGAAAGACAUGGCACAAGCAUCAGUGACAGUCGAACAUGAGAACAAUCGUGAGACACAAACAUCUAUCACAGGAUUGGAAAUCGAAACAAUGUUAAAGGAGUUGCAAAAAGCUUAAAAAGGACAUCAGUGAAUUGACAAAUGAAAAGAAUCAGCUGCUGGAGAAAAAUGCCAAGUUGAGUGAAGAAAAUGCAAACCUACUCGAGGCAAACUUAAAACUCGAGCAAGAAACAAAAAGACUAAGACACUCUCUUGAAAACUUUCGUUUCGAUAUUGAGAAAUAUAAAGACAAUGCUGAAGACAUUGCCUUUUAUACUGGUUUACCAGACUAUAAUGCACUGCUGAUAUGUUUCGACAUGGUUAAAGAUGCAGCAGAGCAUAUUGAAUAU